GGUCAGAUUGGCUCGGCGGAGGGAUACACGCGAACCCGCUUCCAGUCUCGGUCGUUUCGGCUCCUCUAGUCCCGGCUGCUUCGGCGUCCCGUCUCCCUUCUUCUCUCCAACGUCUCCGUCGGCGGCAGGUCGACGCUUCCGCCCGCCCCGAGGAGCGGGAAUCGGUGGGACUACGUUUUUCCAAAGGAGAUCCGGCUCCAGCUCGCGUCUCCCUCUGCGCCCCCCCCCCGCCGCCAUUUCGCGUGUAGCCGCCGCCGCCGGACGUGGAGCAGCCGAGUCGUUCUCUGGAGCCAUGGCGGCCUCCGUGGGCAACGUUGCCGACAGCACAGAACCAACAAAACGUCUGCUUUCCUUCCAAGGGCUGGCAGAGUUGGCUCACCGGGAGUACCAGGCAGGGGACUUCGAAGCGGCCGAGAGGCACUGCAUGCAACUGUGGAGACAGGAGCCCGACAACACUGGUGUACUGUUGCUGCUCUCAUCCAUUCACUUCCAAUGUCGCAGGCUGGACAGGUCCGCUCACUUCAGCACUUUGGCAAUCAAGCAGAAUCCGCUGCUGGCCGAAGCCUACUCCAAUUUGGGGAACGUGUACAAGGAACGGGGCCAGCUGCAGGAGGCGAUUGAGCACUAUCGGCACGCCCUGCGCCUCAAGCCGGACUUCAUUGACGGAUACAUCAACCUCGCCGCUGCUUUAGUUGCCGCAGGCGACAUGGAAGGAGCGGUGCAGGCCUACGUCUCUGCCUUGCAGUACAACCCUGACUUGUACUGCGUACGUAGUGACCUGGGGAAUCUGCUCAAAGCCCUGGGUCGCUUGGAAGAAGCCAAGGCCUGCUACCUGAAAGCCAUCGAAACCCAGCCCAACUUUGCUGUGGCAUGGAGUAACCUCGGCUGCGUGUUCAACGCGCAAGGGGAAAUCUGGUUGGCGAUCCAUCACUUUGAGAAGGCGGUGACCCUGGACCCCAACUUCCUGGAUGCGUACAUUAAUCUGGGUAAUGUCUUGAAAGAGGCACGUAUAUUUGACAGAGCUGUUGCAGCCUACCUACGGGCCCUGAGCCUGAGUCCCAACCACGCCGUCGUCCACGGCAACCUGGCCUGCGUGUAUUACGAACAGGGGCUGAUCGAUCUGGCAAUUGAUACCUACAAGCGGGCCAUCGAACUCCAGCCCCACUUCCCUGACGCCUACUGCAACCUCGCCAACGCGCUCAAAGAGAAAGGCAGCGUUGCCGAAGCUGAGGAAUGCUACAACACGGCUCUCCGUUUAUGCCCGACUCACGCGGAUUCUCUUAACAACCUGGCAAAUAUCAAGCGAGAACAAGGGAAUAUUGAGGAGGCUGUCCGCCUUUACCGGAAAGCUCUUGAGGUCUUUCCGGAGUUUGCGGCUGCGCAUUCGAAUUUAGCCAGCGUUUUGCAACAGCAAGGGAAGCUCCAGGAGGCCCUCAUGCACUACAAGGAGGCCAUCAGGAUCAGCCCCACAUUUGCAGACGCCUAUUCCAACAUGGGGAACACCUUAAAGGAAAUGCAAGAUGUCCAAGGAGCUCUGCAGUGCUACACAAGAGCCAUCCAAAUAAAUCCUGCAUUUGCCGAUGCCCACAGCAACCUCGCUUCCAUCCAUAAGGAUUCCGGAAACAUCCCAGAGGCAAUUGCUUCCUAUCGCACCGCCCUGAAACUGAAGCCGGACUUUCCUGACGCUUACUGCAACCUGGCACACUGUUUGCAGAUCGUCUGUGAUUGGACCGAUUACGACGAGAGAAUGAAGAAGCUUGUCAGUAUUGUGGCCGACCAGCUGGAGAAGAACCGGCUCCCUUCGGUGCACCCCCACCACAGCAUGCUGUACCCGCUCUCUCACGGCUUCCGAAAGGCUAUCGCUGAGAGACAUGGGAACCUUUGCCUGGACAAGAUCAACGUGCUUCACAAGCCGCCCUACGAACAUCCCAAGGACCUGAAAGGCAGCGAGGGCCGGCUCCGCGUUGGCUACGUGAGCUCCGACUUUGGGAACCACCCCACUUCGCAUCUCAUGCAGUCCAUCCCAGGCAUGCACAAUUCGGACAAGUUCGAGGUCUUCUGCUACGCCCUCAGCCCCGAUGACGGCACAAACUUCCGGGUCAAGGUGAUGGCUGAAGCAAAUCACUUUAUCGACUUAUCUCAGGUCCCGUGCAACGGGAAGGCGGCCGACCGCAUUCACCAAGACGGCAUACAUAUCCUGGUUAACAUGAACGGCUACACCAAAGGAGCCCGCAACGAGCUGUUUGCUCUCCGGCCGGCCCCAAUCCAGGCAAUGUGGCUGGGUUACCCGGGAACCAGCGGGGCCUUAUUCAUGGAUUACAUUAUCACUGACCAGGAAACGUCCCCGGUGGAAGUGGCGGAGCAAUAUUCGGAAAAACUGGCUUACAUGCCCCACACCUUCUUUAUUGGCGAUCACGCCAAUAUGUUCCCGCACUUGAAGAAAAAAGCCGUCAUCGACUUCAAAUCGAACGGGCACAUCUAUGACAACCGGAUUGUUUUGAACGGCAUCGACCUGAAGGCAUUCCUCGACAGCCUGCCUGACGUGAAAAUAGUGAAGAUGAAAUGUCCGGACGGUGGGGAUGAAGGCGCCGCAGGCCUCAGCAUGCCCGUCAUUCCCAUGAACACCAUUGCCGAAGCCGUGAUUGACAUGAUCAAUCGUGGACAGAUUCAGAUCACCAUCAACGGCUUCAACAUCAGCAACGGGCUGGCAACGACUCAGAUCAACAACAAGGCAGCGACAGGCGAGGAGGUGCCGCGCACGAUCAUCGUCACCACCCGCUCCCAGUAUGGUCUGCCGGAGGACUCCGUUGUCUAUUGCAACUUCAACCAGCUUUACAAGAUCGACCCAGCCACCCUGCAGAUGUGGGCCAACAUUCUGAAGCGUGUCCCAAACAGCGUCCUGUGGCUGCUGCGUUUCCCGGCCGUGGGGGAACCAAACAUCCAGCAGUACGCGCAGAACAUGGGCCUCCCCCAGAACCGGAUCAUCUUCUCUCCGGUGGCCCCCAAAGAGGAGCACGUGAGGAGGGGGCAGCUGGCCGACGUCUGCCUGGACACCCCCCUCUGCAACGGCCACACCACUGGCAUGGAUGUCCUCUGGGCUGGAACCCCCAUGGUGACCAUGCCAGGGGAGACCCUCGCCUCGCGUGUUGCCGCCUCCCAGCUCAGUUGCCUCGGGUGCCCCGAGCUCAUUGCGAAGAGCCGGCAGGAAUACGAAGACGUCGCUGUGAAACUGGGGACCGAUCCGGAAUACCUGAAGAAGAUCCGCGGCAAGGUAUGGAAGCAGAGGAUAUCCAGCCCCCUCUUCAACACCAAGCAGUACACCCUAGAACUGGAGCGCCUCUACCUCCUGAUGUGGGAGCACUUCUCCGCCGGCCACAAGCCGGACCACAUUCUCAAGCCCGCCGAGACCGGGGAAUCGGCCUAAAGAACCCGGAGCCGCAAAAUGGAAAUCCGUCAGGAUAGGCAUCCCUCCUUCCGGAGCAGAGGGAAGCGGCAGCCCAAGGAUACGAUUUGGGUGGCGACCGGAGACUCUAGCUCUUGCAUGACCGGGAGGCCAGUGAUUUCCGACCCCCCCCCCCCGAAAAUCCCUAUUUUCCCAGAUCUUCUUGCUGUGAGGAGGCGCGAACGAACGGGCAGUCGAUUCGGAUUUCCCGUGAACGAGUCUCUCCCCCCCCCUUCCUAUACGAAUCUGGAGCUUUUAAAGAUAACGUUUUUAAGAAUUCCUCUCGGUCCGCCAGUGGCUCUCUUUAAGUCCACCAACCUUCUUCUGAGGUUGGCGGGAGGGAAAACGUGCCGCCGCUGCUUUUACGGGUUUUAUAAACCACUUAAACCGACAUCCGCUUUCUUACUGUCAGACUUCUUGCUGGUUUCUUUGGCUUUAAUUCAGGCCAGGUCGGCUGCGCGCAAAAAGCAAACGCGAUUUUAAGGCCGAAAGUUUUGGGUCCCCCCCCCCAGCUUCAAUCCAUGCUGGUUCAAUUGUGCCGAAAAAGCAAACGCAAUUUUUUAAGACGUAGCAGUUUGCAUUUUUCCCCCAGCUUCAACUCGCGCUGGCUUAACUGCACAGGAAAAAGCAAACGCAAUUUAAGACGUAACAUUUAGGCUUUUUCAGCUUCAAUUUGUGCCGGGUUGACUGCGCUGUAAAAAAAAAAAGUAAUUUAAGGCGUAAAGUGGGGGGGCAUCCUUCCAGGGCGGCGUCAAAUUAUGUACAGAGGCUGAAAACAGAAUAAAAAGAGCGUUGGUUUUUGCCCAGGUUGGCGCAUUCGGACGUGCAUUUCUCAGUUGACGGAACAAUUACGUGCUUUGGCUUAGUCAAAUGCAGCUCUUCCAGGUAAGUAUGGGUUUCCACCUCCGCUUCAGUGAGCUUGUUGGGAAGAUUGUGGUUAUUUUUUCACGUCCGAAGUGUUGUUCAACGGCUUUCAGCCCAUCAAAUGAUCGAUUGGAGGGGAAAGUGUGUAUACUUUUUAUUUCCCAAUGGGCUAUUUUCCAAAUGGCUUCCCCGCCCGACGCCGAAAAGAUUCAGAGCGGCGCAUUUCCCACGCUCUCAGUGCCGAUAAUUGAUAACCUGUGGCCGGCCGGACGCGCCUUUCGUUAUAUUCCCAAUUUGAACCUCAGGUGCGUCGCCCCGAGCUGUGCUUAAACCUUUUGUAGUUUCCCUUUGUUUGGGCUUAAUAUAGGCUGGAUUAUAUCGAUUAUCUGUAUAUAGUUAAGAUCAGCGAGAAGCAUCGGUCCCAAGCCCCGAGGUUAAAUCUUCAAUCUUUGCAGCGCCAGUUCUCUUCGUUUGGGCUGGAUAUAGAUAAUAAUACUGGCGAGAAGCAUUUAGUCGCCCCCCGAGCCCAGUGCUCAGAAAAUUCUGAAUUUUGCCACCAGCGGAGAAAGGCUAUGCAUCUACUUGGGAGUAAACGAGGGAGAUUAGGCCCGGAGAUGAGGGAAUUAAGCUUUUGCUUUCCACCAGAAGAUGUUCUGGAAAGGUUAACCACUGUGUGUAGUUUUUAAAAGGCGAGGGAAGAAGGGGUCUUCCCUCCUCUUGUGUUUCUUUCUGCUUGCUCACUGUAACGGCUUCUAUUUCCAGAUAAGUGUCGGACAAAUAAAAAUGAAAAUCACUGAC